AGCUAAUUUGAGACCUUCCAAUAGAGCUUUUGUUUCGGCUUCGAACGGGGUGGAACAAAGGAGGGUGUCAGCUCGCCCGUCACACACUUGUCCAUGGUGGUUAAUGACAACAACACCAUAUGCCGCCGGCUGGGAGUCGUUUAAGAACGACCCAUCACAGUGAAUCACAAAAUUAUGAUUGCUUGGAGAGAGAAAAUCUGUGUGAGCUGAGAGAGGGCAAUUCAAACCAAAUAAAUAAAAAAGAGAGAAAAUCUGUGGAGCUGAGAGAGGGCAAAUCGUGGCAGAUCUUCCCUUUCCAAACUGUCCUGAUUUCCCCUCCCACUCCCAGCGACCCAGAUUCAUAUAUUAAUCAACUCCUUCCUUCCCAGCGAGCCAAUACCCCUCAACUUCUUAUUCCUGCUGCUGCUACAACUCUCCCCCUCUGUUUCAUCAGAAUGGGUAUGGCUGCUGUCGCCGAAGCUCGUCAUCUUGCUCAGGACCAGCAGUUCCAUGUUCUUGCUGUUGAUGACAGUAUCAUCGACAGAAAGUUGAUUGAGAGGCUCCUCAAGACCUCCUCCUACCAUGUUGACAGUGACAGCAGUUGAUUCUGGGAGCAAGGCACUGGAGUUUCUUGGGCUGAACAACAACAACAACAACAGCAGUAGUAGUAGUAGUAGUGAAGAUGGGGAGGAGAGUGCUGCUGCUCACGAUGACAUUAGUUUGAUCAUUACCGAUUACUGUAUGCCCGGAAUGAGCGGCUACGACCUCCUCAGAAGAAUCAAGGAAUCCGAGUCUUUCAAGGACACUCCCGUCGUCAUCAUGUCUUCCGAGAAUGUGCCCUCCAGAAUCAACACCUGCCUUCAACAAGGAGCUCAAGACUUCUUCCUCAAGCCGCUUCAAUUGUCACAUGUCACCAAGCUCAAAUCUCACCUUUUCCGCUGCACCACUUGCUGAAUACACACACUACCACUCUCCACAUCCAUAUGUAUGUAUGUCUUCUCUUGGGAGGAAUUGACAUGAUAAAUACUCCUUCAGAAUUUAAUUUAAUUUAGAGAUAUCCGCAGCCAAUGCUCUUCAUUUUUAUCCAGACUAGUAUCAAUACCCGCGACUAC